UGUUCAGUGUCAGCAUGAGCUAGUGUUUUUAUUUAUAUAAGACUUUAACCUCCAGUUUCUCAACAGAAGACAACAUGGUGAACAUCGGUCUGACCAAAGUGGACGACGCGUUGGCGGCCAAACACCCGGGUUUGGGGAGGUAUGCUGCCUGUCAGUCUAAAGCCUUCAUGAAGGGGACUGGGAGCUUCAUACUGGGUACUGCAGGAUUAUUUGCUAUUCAGAAGGUUCUGCAGAAAAAACUUCCUUAUCCUCUUCAGUGGAACCUGCUCAUUUCCUUAGUGACGUCGUCAGUGGCCAGUUAUGCAGUGACACGCUGGGAAACUCAGAAAUGCUCAGACCUCUGGUUGCUACUAGAAACUGGCAAAGUUCCGGACAGAUCGCCGCCACAGGUGCCUAAGCCAGAGGAAUCAACAGGAACUGCGAAGACAAAAUAUGGCGACGUGAUGGAAUAAACACGAUUUUAUAAACAAACUUGUUUAUCUUCUGUAAAUAACGACACAUUUUCAGAAGAUGUACUUUGCUGGAGAAAAGCUGGGUAUGACAUAAGACAUUCUGUAUUUAAUUGCAUCUAAUUUCUGCAACAAACCACAUGAAGGAAGUGUUUUUUUUCCUAAUUUGGGAGUUUGUACAGCUUUUGAAUUUCAUAACAGCAUUAACGUGUGGAUAAAGUUUUCUGAAUCAGAGGUCAGGAAUUAGUUUGGGUUUUUAGGGAGGAAUCAGAUGUUAAGCUUGUGAUCCGGUAUUAUUAUUUGGAUGUGUUUGUUUGACAUGCAACAGAAUUAAAUCUGCAGUACCACUUCAAGUCAGUAGUUGUCACUGUACUGUGUACCAUAGACACAGGAGGGUCAAACAACCAAUUAUGAACUAAAAGACCAGUUUGUUUUUUUGUCUUUUUGGUCAAAUCUUUGUGGGAUGAUUCAUCCUGAUAAAUAAAUAUUCAGGACAGCAGUGUAAUCAACUGGAAAUCAUUUUACCCCUGCAUGUUUAUCCCAUCUCAUUUCACUGAUGAUGUAAUGAACCCAGCAUUUAUAAAAUGAAUAAAA